CCCAUAUGUACAUAGUAGUAUAAACAAAAUGUCUAUAUAAAGCCAUGCAUGUCCCCAAUCAAAUUAAGCCAUAUAGGUAGAGCCUUUGUACUAGGAGAAUUAUCUUCAAGUACAAUGGCAAUGGCUCUUUCCCAAUUCCUACUUUUUGUCAUCUUGUUCAACAUCUGUCUCCUGUGCGUCCAAUGCAACCCUAAUUACCGAGAUGCCCUCGCCAAAUCCAUCAUCUUCUUCCAAGGCCAGAGGUCAGGCCGCCUCCCGCCUCAAGAAAUCAGCUGGAGACGCAGCUCUGGACUCUCCGACGGCAGCCUCGCUGGUGUGGACUUAACCGGAGGAUACUACGAUGCGGGCGACAACGUGAAGUUCAACCUUCCGAUGGCGUACACGACGACAAUGUUGUCAUGGAGCGUGAUUGAAUACGGGAAGAAGCUGGGCCCACAGGUGGCGGAGGCACGGGCAGCCAUCCGGUGGGCCACGGACUAUCUUCUCAAGUGCGCCCGUGCGACGCCGGGGCGACUCUAUGUGGGCGUUGGAGACCCCAAUGCCGACCACAAAUGCUGGGAGAGGCCGGAGGAUAUGGACACGGUGAGAACCGUGUACUAUGUCUCGGCCGGAAACCCGGGGUCGGACGUGGCCGGUGAAACGGCAGCGGCGCUGGCGGCGGCUUCCAUUGUGUUCAAGAAAGUGGAUCCCAGGUACUCGAGGCUGCUGCUGGCGACUGCUAAAAAUGUGAUGCAAUUUGCAAUGCAGCAUAGGGGCUCAUAUAGUGACUCUCUUGGCUCUGUUGUCUGCCCUUUCUAUUGCUCUUAUUCAGGCUACACGGAUGAGUUGCUUUGGGGAGCUGGCUGGCUGUUCAGAGCGACCAACCAGAUGUAUUACCUUAAUUUUUUGAAAUCAGUUGGCGGGAACGACGGCACCGACACUUUUAGCUGGGACAACAAGUAUGCCGGUGCUCGUGUGCUCCUAGCCAGGAGGAGUUUAGUCAACAAUGAUGAGACGUUUGGGGCAUAUAGACAACAAGCGGAGGAUUUCCUAUGCAGAAUUCUGCCUAAUUCCCCUUCCUCCACCACACAGUACACCAAAGGAGGUUUGAUGUACAAGAUGGGGUCAAGUAAUCUACAAUAUGUAACAUCCAUAACUUUCUUGCUCACAACUUACUCUAAAUACAUGGCUACGGCCAAGCACUCCUUCUCUUGUGGGAAUCUCCUCGUCACUUCUCGGACUCUGCGAAGUCUAGCCAAGAGACAGGUGGACUAUAUACUAGGAGAUAAUCCGAUGAGGAUGUCUUACAUGGUGGGCUACGGCCCCAAUUAUCCAAAGAGGAUUCACCACAGAGGAUCUUCACUGCCCUCCGUGGCCGCUCACCCCCAGAGGUUGGGCUGUGAGGCUGGAUUUCAGCCCUACUUCUACGGUUCGACCCCAAAUCCCAAUACGCUCAUAGGCGCCGUCGUUGGUGGGCCCAACCAAAAUGAUUUCUUCCCGGAUGAAAGAGGAGAUUAUAGUCAUUCUGAGCCUACUACUUAUAUCAAUGCUGCAUUAGUUGGGCCCUUGGCAUUCUUUGCUGGGAGGUCUUGAUCUCAUCAUACUCCUAUAUUAUUGUGUCACAACUUGCGAGUGUACAUAUGAAUUGCCAUGUAUGUUCGGGAAGUUAGGCAUUUGUCACCAGAUGUGAUGAUCACCUAAACACAUUUAGGUGCAGUUACAGUGUAUUGCAGAUCAUUACACAAAGCUCUCUUGAUUUGGUUUAAAUUUGAAUGGCUGAAUUGAUUAA